GAGAGCAUGGCUCAAAGCGGCGAUGCUGCAGGUGCGACGGCCAACGAGGUCAUACCACAGCGAUGCUCAACUGUCGGUGAUUUUGCCGGGCUGUCGUCAGACGGUGUGGAGAUGCAGGAAAGUUUGGAUAACUGCACCAUCGAGGAGCUGAAGGCGAUGAUCUCAAGAGAGAUCAUGGAGGCCAGUCCCCGAAACGGCGACGGCACAGCCUCAGCAGAAGCCAAGGCUGCACCAGCUCCUCCGAAGCCUCACGUGUCAGGCACCCCGCACUCCGUCGCUCGUGCCACCUGCGACAAGAGUUGGAACCGCUACAGGAGAUUCCUCGCCGGUGCGGCAGCCAAGGGGGUGGAAGUGUGGCCGCCCAAGGUGCAGGACAUUCAGGACAGCAACCAGCAAGCUGGAGCACGUUUGAGCCACGCUCCAAAAAGGGCCCGCAUGGAAACUCCGGCGCCGGUUCCCGCCUGA